AUGACAUUCAGUUUAUUCGCGCUCGCCACGUUUGAAGAGCCGGCUGCAAUUCGUAGGUGGUUACGGGAGAAGCACUAGAUUGUCAUACCCUGUGUGGAAGUUACGGGGUAUUGGGUUUAUUGUUCAAACGUAUAACACAACAUAUUACUCUUGUAUGAUAAAUCCCUUGUUUAUGGUUACUAACAUAUUUUUGGCCGUACUACUGAAAAUUGUAAUUAAUAGGAUAAUAAUGUUAUUGACUUCUGUAACAUCCAACUUAAAAUUUAAAUUCGAGUAAAAUUUUAAAUCCCAGUCGUCACUGACAUAGUGCUUACGUUAACCAUCGACGGGAAGUCCAGCAAUCCACCCGUCUUCAUUUUACCUGUCCUUAUAACCUUGCAAGUUUGCGGCAGAAAAAAACUGCCUCGGGCUUCUUGUGACGGUGAUGUUAUAGUGGAGUGCGGAGGAAAGACAGUGUUUUGUUCGCGCCUGAGAUGGGAGGAAUGCUGUGUUACUUAUGCGGCAUUCUACUCAUCAUUUCUUACUCUGCUCAUGGUGUGAAGGUUGAAUCAAAGAUUCAUCCAUAUCUGAGACAUCGACGACAGACAUGCAGCACUUCAAAAUUUCAAUGUGCUUCUGGUCAGUGCAUAGACAUUACUGCACUCUGUGAUGGAUCCAAAGAUUGUGAUGAUGGUUCAGAUGAAACAGUUCGUCAGUGCAGUAAUAUGAGGUGUCCCCAGUUUGCCUUCCAGUGCAGUUAUGGGGCUUGUGUUGAUGCAAUUGCAAAGUGUAAUGGAGUAACAGACUGUGCAGAUGGGUCUGAUGAACAACUUCCCUCCUGUGCCAAGAAACCAGGCACCAGCAUUUGCAAGUCUUCGGAGUUCCAAUGCAAGUCUGGCAAAUGCAUAGAUGAUACCUUAGUGUGUGAUGGAAUUAAGGACUGUCGUGAUGAUGGCUCUGAUGAAACAUUUGAGCAAUGUAGGAACUUCAGGUGUUCUCCUCUUUCAUUUCGUUGUUCAUAUGGCGCUUGUAUUGAUCCUGAUUACCGCUGUGAUGGUCGAGCUCAAUGUGCUGACUCUUCAGAUGAGGAUCCUGUCCUUUGUGGAAAUGAAAACAAGGGCACCUGUAAACUUCCAGACAAACCAAAAGACGGAAAGUACAAAAUCCUCAACUGUAAGGAGACUGACAUUUCUCCCUUUUGUCUCCAAGUUCCUGACACAGUUGCACCUGACUGGACUAUCCUAGAGUAUCGCUGUGAUGCUGGGUACAACUUGAUAGGUGCUGCUUCUGUUCCAUGUGUUGAGGGAAAGUGGUCUUACUCCCAUCCUACUUGUGUUCAAGUGUCAUGUCCACCCCUGGAAUCCAGCAGUGUGAAUAUCAAGUGCACCUAUAAGGGCAGCAGUGUACUCUGUGGGAAGGACAUGGCCCCAGGAACUGUGGCCUCCUUGGAGUGUAAAGUGUCCUACCAACUCACCUUUGAGCCAGGCUAUAACAAAGUCAGCUGCCUACAGAAUGGAAAGUGGGAUAAGCCCUUAUUCACAUGCACUCCAGUGUGUGGGAAGAGAAAUCCUAAAGGAAGACCAUUUAUUUCAAAUGGAGUGGAAGCCAAAGUUGGUGAAUUUCCAUGGCAUGUGGGAAUAUACAGAUAUUCUGCUAAUGGCACGCUUCAGCAAGUGUGUGGUGGUUCACUUGUCAAUCCAAGCGUAGUACUAACUGCUGCUCAUUGCUUCUGGAAUGAAGCCUAUGGUAGAACCAUGGACAAGGAUAAUUUCAGAAUUGCAGCUGGAAAAUAUUACAGGGACUGGAAUAUUAAAGAUUCUGAAAUGCAGGAGCGGCAGUUAAGUGAGAUCAUAGUGCAUGAAAAUUAUAGAGGACGAAAACUGCACUUCACCAGUGAUAUUGCCCUGGUGAAAUUGAAUGUCUCGGUGGAGCUGACUUGGGCAGUUCUUCCAGUAUGUGUUGACUGGAAAGAUGAAUAUGAGCGCUUCCAACUGAGCAAUGGAAGUCUUGGGGUUACAGUUGGCUGGGGCUACACACAGAAUAAUGAACCAAGCACAGAACUGCUAACUACGAACUUGCCAUAUGUAGACUUCCAAACUUGCUGGAAUACCAUUCCAGAAACAUUUCAGUCCUAUGUUACUAGAGACAAGUUCUGUGCUGGCUACCAGAAUGGUACAAGUGUGUGCCCAGGAGACAGUGGUGGAGGAAUAGCAUUUGAGAGGGAUCAGAAAUAUUAUUUGCGUGGAAUUGUGAGUGUGGGACUAGUGCCAGAAGGGGAUGCAAAAUGCUUCACUGAUCAGUACACUGCAUUCACAAAGGUGUCAGAUUUCCUUACAUGGAUGGAAGACAAUAUAAGAUGACACUCAUAUAUUCUGAUGCCAUGUCCAAUUGGUGAAGUAGGUGUCCCCCACUUUCAUGACUCCAAAUGUUGUGCCUUUUACCUUAUCAAAUAUAUCUUCUGACUUCUCACCACCAUGUAAUAAUAUUUUCUCAUAUGUGAAAUGUAAAUGCUGUACAAUGGAAGUUAAAAAAUUCAUUUUAAUUAACUGCAGUCAUAUAUUUAAUGCUACAGAAGUAAUCUAGUGAUCGAAGAUUAUAUGUGGUGUCAUGUAUAUACAUACUGCUAUGUAGUAAAUUUGAAUUUGUAUGUGGACAUAAUUAA